AUGGCAGUAGUUGAAAAUUUCACUAGUAUUAUUCGUGAUAUGCAUGUGGCCAGUGGACAUAAAGGUGAAACAAAAACACACAAGAAAAUAAUGGAACACUAUUCUAAUAUUACAAUGGCUGCUGUAAAAGCUUACAUUGCUAAUUGUGAAAGGUGUGCGGAAAAAUCAAAAAAAAAAUGUACGCGAGGUGUUGUUGUGCGGCCUAUUUUAUCUUCCUCUUUAAAUGAACGCGGUCAAGUCGAUCUUGUCGACUUUCAAAGUUUACCGGAUGGUGAUUUUAAAUUUAUCCUUCAUUAUAAAGAACACUUAACCAAAUUUUCAAUUUUCCGGCCAUUGAAAUGCAAAAAGGCUUCGGAAGUGGCCAAAGAAUUAUUAAACAUAUUUUUGACGUUUGGUGCCCCUCACGUUCUGCAGUCCGAUAAUGGUCGCGAAUUCACAGCCGAUAUUAUAACUGAAUUAGCAUCAUUGUGGCCCGAUCUAAUACUAGUAAAUGGUCGGCCACGUUAUCCACAAAGCCAAGGAUCUGUAGAAAGAGGUAAUUGUACGUUGAAGGAUUCACUGGUGGCGUGGAUGCGAGAUAAUAAAACUGCGGCGUGGAGUUACGGCAUCGCCUUUGUACAAUGGGGUGUUAAUACGACAUAUCACGAAGCUAUAAAAAUGACUCCAUACGAAGCAGUCUUUGGUCAAAAACCACGGAUAGGACUGGCAACAAAAGUACCUCGACAGUUGGUAGAAAAUAUAAUGACAGGUACAUUAGAAGAGGAUAUACUGAAAAUGCUUUUAAAUGAGGACAAAGAGGACAAUGAGGACGUACAAGUACUCAAUACUGAAGUGAUAAAGAGUAGUGGUCGGCCACUAGCAGCCCGCGCCGCUAAUGUACACGGCCCGCUUUAA